AUGCUGCCUUUCCCCUUCCCCUCUCCUUAUUCCAACUUUCCAGCUUCCUCUAAUUCUUCUUGGACUCACGUCCUCAUGGUUAAUGCAAGUGACUCAGGCGGUCUCUUUUGUGUAUUCACGGUUUGGGUGAGAGUCUUCGACGUGAAUGACAAUCCUCCUCAGUUUGUAAACUUGCAUAUUAACCCAGUACCCGAAGACACGCCAGUCGGUUCUGUGGUUGGAAAGUUACAUGCUGUCGACCCGGAUGUCAGUAAGUCACGAUCCGCACAGUUCUCCUUAUUCCACUACUAUAAUCCUUUUUCCAUGCCACCUGCUUGUUUAUUUUCAUUUUGCACUUUCAUCCAGUCUUUAAAUGUAGACGAAGGCACAGAGGCACAUUUGUGCGUAACCUUCAUUAUAUUACCUUGUUGGAUCACUUUUAUAUUUAUGCUGUGGAUCUCGUCCUACUUAGACUUUACUAAAUUAUUUGCCCUAGCAGAGUGCACCACUAUUAAACUUAGACAAGGCUUAAUUCAUCCUACUCGUCUGAGCUGGUAA